GCCCUGUCAAGCAGCAAACAGUGCAGACCAAACUUUCAUUUGGAAUUGUUUUUAAAUUUCAGUUCUUAAAGUUACAGGCAGGUAAGGAUGUAAAAUAUUGACUGUCAAUAUUCAACAAUGGAGCAAAUAAAACGGAUUCGUAAUGCCUGCUCAAAGCCAGUUGCAGAUCUCUAAAUGUCAAAUAAAGUUCUAACAGCUUACUUUUACUUCUAAAAUACCUUCGACGCUGUUUGAUUGAUGAAAUUUUAUAGCCAGUGGACAUUGAUUAUUGAGCCAUUGCUUGUCGCGAGAAAAAAGUGCAGUAAUGGGCAGCAGCGCUAGCAGUUCCGCUGGAGCACCAGACUGGUCAGGACGGGUAUGCUUUUAUCUCAAACCUGAUUCAUCUGUAGGAGUGAUGGUUAUUGAUCAUAAAGGUGUAUGUUAUGACAUGAAAAGUAUCAUCGAUGAGAAGGAAACGAUUGAAAACAUCGUCAUCUAUAAGCAUCCGCUAAAGUACUGGCAGCCACAGCUGACCGAAUCCAUAAUCAAUCAUCAAUUCGUCGUAAUCAAAACAUCCCAGCGUUGGUGGUCGAUCGAAAAGAAUAACGAGGGAAUAACAAUUCAAAACAGCAGCAAUCGCGAAUUUGUGAAAGAUAGCUUUAAGAAAAAUAAACGUCCAGGUGAUAUUACAGAAUUGCGCUCUGCUAAUGGUCGAGGGACUAUGUUCGAGUUAGUUAGCUAUCUAUGUAAUGAUACGGAGUUACUUAAACCUUACACGUGGCGUACUUACAAUUGCCAACAUUUUGCCGACGGAAUUUAUAAGAAAUUUGCUCUGAUCCACGAGGAUUCUUCACCUUGAUUUCCGUCAUUUGCUCGCAAAUUGUAGCUACCUAAAGGACUGUUAUUGCAGUAAAAACUUCCUUAUAUUGUUCAAUGCUCUUCAAGUGAAAUUUUUGGGAUUCAUUAGGCUAGAAAAUGCUGCUCAUUGAAAAUCAUUGACGGAUAGUUCGCAAGAUACAUAAGUUUACAAAUUCCAACUUCGUUUAGAACAUUAUUCUAUAAUUUAAAUAAGUAGUUUUUCAAACUUUAUGGUGAAUAUAUUUUUGGUGGUCAUAGAAAGCAAAUUUUGUAACAUAAAAAAUGAAAUUAUGUUUCUGUGCUCCUACUGGCUAAGAAUUAUUGUGCAAAUAAAAUCUCACAACAUA